AUGCCGAAGGCGUUGAUAUUGGUCGCGGAUGGGUCUGAGGAGAUUGAAUUCGUCACUCCCUAUGACGUCUUGACUCGAGCUGGAUUUGAUGUCACUUCGGCAGGUGUAUCACUCAAGAACGAAGCAUACGCUCACAUGUCACGGAAUGUCCGCAUCGUACCCGACCAUCCGAAUCUGUCAUCCGUACCACUCCAAACUGCCCACGAGGAUUUCGACGUUCUCAUCCUGCCUGGCGGGGCGCCGGGUGCAAAGGCCUUUUGUGGGAGCGACGCAGUGCUCGAACUAAUCAGCAAGUUCCAGAAAGCGGGGAAGUGGGUUGCAGCCAUUUGCGCAGCUACCACAGCUCUGGUUGCUUCGACGAAGAAGUUUGAAGGGGCGAAGACGACAGUCACCAGCCAUCCAAGUGUGGCAGAGGAAAUCAAGCAAGCUGGCUGGGAGUAUAGUGAGGACAGAAUCGUCGUUGAUGACAAGAUUGUUACGAGUCGAGGGCCUGGCACCGCCAUAUUAUUCGCCCUCACAAUUGUCGAGGCCAUCUGUGGGAAAGAAAAGCGAGACGAAAUUGGUGGACCAAUGAUGUUGGCUGAGAAGUUGUAA